AUGUUUCAACUCUGGAGCAACGAGGUGCCGGCCGGCUCCGGCCUGAGUGCCCACGCCAUGGCCUUCGGGCUGCCCAAGGCGCAGCACCCCGGGCACGUAGCCCCGGGUGCCCACGAGCUGCCCCUGACCCCACCGGCCGAGUACACCUACACCUUCGAGCUGUCCCCGGUCAAGGUCCUGGCUCCCCAGGGGCCGCCCGGCUCCUCCUACCACUUCCCUGAGGCUCAGGACUUGCCCAGCUUCUCGCAGAGCUCUGGCGGCAUGGCCCCCCGGCCCCUGGGCCCCGGCCCCCCCAGUGCCCCAGCCGCCCCAGGGGGCCAUGCGGAAGAUGCCCCCUGGUGGAGCCUGCAGCAGCCCACCCCGGGCAACCUGCCUGCCUUGCACCUGAGCCGGCCCCUGAUGCUGGGGCCACAGCCCCCGCUCCCAGCCCUGCUACACGGCUCCCCCAAGGGGCUGCUGGGCCCGGCCCGGCGCUGCCGGCGCUGUAAGUGCCCCAACUGCCAGGCGGGUGCCGAGGAGCCGGGCAAGAAGAAGCAGCACGUGUGCCACCUGCCAGGCUGUGGGAAGGUCUAUGGCAAGACGUCCCACCUGAAGGCCCAUCUGCGCUGGCACGCGGGCGAGCGCCCCUUCGUCUGCCCCUGGCUGUACUGCGGGAAGAGCUUCACCCGCUCGGACGAGCUGCAGCGCCACCUGCGGACUCACACGGGCGAGAAGCGCUUUGCGUGCCAGGGCUGCGGGAAGCACUUUGUGCGCAGCGACCACCUGGCCAAGCACGUCAAGACCCAUCAGGGGAAGCAGCCCAAGGGGAGUGGGGCCCAGCUGGGAACCAUCAAGCAGGAGUGA